AUGCCUUUAAACAAUAUUAAAUGGUGCUGUAUUUGUUUGACAAAUAACAAUGAUGAUAAUAUCUCAGACGCAAGGGAAUACAGUGAUAUUUUCAUUCAACUUACAAACAAUAAACAAUACGAGUAUAAGGACCUCGUUCUUUGUAUGUGGUGUAAAACAAUAUUAAAGAAGACAAUAUAUUUAAAAAAUCUAGCAUUUAAAACUGAAAAAAUGAUUCGUGCACGUGAUGAGGUCUCAACAAUUAGUACAAACAAACAUUCACACAGAUUUUCACUCAGUACAGUUACACAUACAGACAUUCCUUCAAACACCAAAGACAUGAAAAAUAAUCAUAUCAUAAAUUUUUAUAAAGACGGUGAAAUACAAGAAGAAACCCAAACUACAAAACAAGUCAAUGAAAAUGUAAUUUAUGUAAAAAGUGUUAACUUGACAUGUUUAGAAAAAGAAUUGUAUUUAGCCAAAGAAAGCAAUCACAAAAUAGAUUUUUUAAAUGAUGAAUUAGAAUACCAAAAUGAAAAUGAAAGUCCACUUAUCGUGGAAUUAAAUGAAAGCCAGCUAAAAGGUAAUGGUUUACGAACAAAAAAUACAAAUAUAAACAAAUUAAAAUCUCCACAAAUUCAACAUGAGAAAUCAUCAAAACUAAAUAGAAUAGAUUUGAAACUUGAAGAGUUGAAAUUUGAAGUCAAAUAUUUAAAUUUAGAAGAACAGACCAAAGAGGUGGAAAGAAAAAAAAUAAAAUAUAAGAAUAUGAAGUUCCAAUGUGAUCUGUGCGGAGUUGGCUUUUUGACAAAUGAUUAUUUUGAAGCUCAUCAGACAAGACAUACAGAGGCCGCUGGCCAGUACAAGUGUAGUGUCUGUUCACUUCACUUCAAGAACCAGUUGGUGGUUUCCCAGCACAUGUUGUCACACAGGCGACUGUUCUCGUGUAUGGUGUGCGGAGCACAGUUCAGCAAGUGGUCCAACUGUACCGUGCACAGACAGAAGUGUGGGGGCCUCGUCAUGUUCGUCAGCUGUGAGACAUGUUCGAAGGUUUUCAGCGAUCCACACUCUCUGAAAGUGCACAUGAGGGUCCAUGAUCCGAGGAGGCAGUUCACGUGCGAACAUUGCGGCAACAAGUUCAAGACCAAGCAGAGAUUGGCUGUGCACAUCAGGUCGCAUACUGGUACCAGGCCAUUUAGUUGUACCUCCUGUUCCCGCUCCUUCACAACUAACUCAAACCUGAGGGCUCAUCGCACUGUGCACUCAGACGUGAGCGAACAUUACUGCGUCGAGUGCAACACGUACUACAAAACCGCCAAGAGUCUGAAAAGACAUUUGAGUGAGUCUGUGAGACACAUUCGUGAUAGAAAUUAUAUGUACAAAUGCAAGCAAUGUUCCAAAGAAUUCAGUACAGUUAAAAGUUUAAACAGCCACGUGGCGCGACACACCAACGGACUACAAGAACUUUACUGCCCACAAUGUAAUAAGACAUUCUCGAGCAAGUCAAAUUUAACUAAACACUUGAAGUGCUUACACAAAAGCAAUACGUCGACUCGAAAUGAAAAGAUACACUAA